AUGAGUCAAUACAACGACUACUACUCGAAUAAGAACGAGGGCGGAGGCUUCAUGGCGUCCCCUGGAUUCGACAGUCCGUCAAGUGCAGUUAGGAGGCAAAAUUCGCAACAUGCGCUGCGGCCGGUAACCGUCAAGCAGCUCCUGAGUGCCUCCCAAGUCCACGCAGAUGCCGAGUUCAGGAUUGACGACAUGGAACUUGGACACAUCACAGUCGUCGGGCAGGUCGUCCAGGUCAAGAGCCAAACGACGAACAGCACGUAUACGCUCGAUGACGGCACUGGUCGCUACGAGGCGCGCCACUGGAAUGACGCAAAUGCAGGAGAAGACGACAAGGGAAUCAAAGAGAACACAUAUAUUCGAGUGAUGGGCACUCUCAAGUCGUUCGGCGGCAGGAACUACAUCAACGCGACACACAUACGACCUUGCAAGGAUCCACAUGAACCAUACUACCACACAUUGGAAGCGAUGGCCGUGACACUAAUGUUCCAACGUGGACCACCCUCAGGGUCUGACCAGCAGAACGGCCAUAUGCUUGUUCAAAAGGCAGGUACAAACGGCGCGUCGGCAUACACUGCACAGGCGUCGAAGAACGGCGCCCACGACCAGUUCGCGUUCCUGCCCGAACUACAGCGGAAGAUUGUCAACUUCAUCCUCUCGCAGCAGAGCCAUACGGACGGCAUUCAUGUCAGCGCCAUUGCACGCGCGGUUGGGGGAGAUGCGCAUGCCAUCAGCUCCGCGUUGGAUCAGCUCAUGGAUGAGGGUCACGUCUAUACAACCUGCGAUGAGAGCCAUUUCGAUGUCUCCGUUUGAGCCUAUCUCCUUCCCUCUUGUUUCUUGCUGUGAGCUUCUCGAUGUGCGUUUGUACUUGCUGUUUUCCAUUUUACGUAGCUAUGCUCCUCUGUCUGCCCUCGCCUGUACUUAUACACCUACAAUCGACUGCUAAUCCUGAAAGCUGGUUCCCUCCACUCACCUGACUGUGGUCGA